UUACAGUAAUCGUAAUGAAAUCGGCGACUCUUAGUGAGAAGCAUGAUGGCAACGCGAGUUCCAAACUAGUAUGGUCGCAACUUGCCUUCUGAACCGUCACUGUUCGAUUACACACUCACCAAUUGCUUUCAUCCGCUUCGAGUUUCAAAUUGUAUUUCUAGGUGUGCUCUAAACUAUUGUUAUUUGCAUCUGAUUUAAUCAAAUUGUGAAGUUUAAAGUGACUCGUUAUAGAAAUCCGGCAAGUUUGGUGUUAUUAAGUUCAACGUAACUCGAUACCAUUCGUACUUUCAGACGCAAUGAACAACUACUUCAAGCUAUUUUUUCGCCGGAUAUCGAAAGAUUUCCAGCAGAAGCAGCUCCUGCCACUCAAGCUGCUGUUUUUCAUGCAUUCCUCAACCGUGCUGGUCUUGUACCCAUAUUUGACCAUCCACAUGCGCGAGUUGGGGAUAAACGUUGAAGAAGCGGCGACGAUGUCCGCUGUGGCACCUGUUAUAGCUGUUUUGAUGCCGCCUUUGGCAGGACUGAUUGCCGACAAGAUUGGCAACUUUAGGGUGAUGUUGGCCCUGUUUUCGGCCAUCGGCGGAGCCUCGGCUCUCCUCUUGUUGCUAGUCCCAGUCGGUAGAAUCACAAUAACUUAUCCUGACCGAGUAGUAUUUGGAAUGUCUUGCAGUACAGGCAGCCCUCUGUCUCUGUCACUCUACCAACACCAUCAGUGCACACCGUUAGGAAACCAAAAUCGCACGGACCUUCAGCUUGAAUCUUGCGGUUUUGCUUGUCAUGCUGUUCUAGCAGAAAACCAGACCGAGGCGAUUCUUAAAACAAACACCUACAGUCUGCAGUUAUACAACCUCGAGAAGAACUCAACACACACCUACACCUACACCUUAACAGAAGACGACAUACAUAUCCCGGAACUAAUCUCCGAAAGCCUCAACCACAAAACGCUAAAAAACAACGACCGAUUCCUAACAUCAAUCCGGCGACUCGCCAAAAACUCGUACUAUUUCCCGACGGCGAGCCUUUUUAAUUUUUCCUGCGACCUCUCCUCGAAUUCGUCGAUAGACUGUGUUUUUGGCACCCGCAGCUCUAUUGAUCUCUUCGGCCUGAAACUGGGCCCCAAGUUCGGAGGAAUCCUGCACCCGGUUGAAACCUCCGAAGACGACACACUUGAGGAACGCCAAAUCUACGAUUUGGCGCUUGAUAAGAGCCGCAACACGUCUUGCUUGACAGGUUUUGCCCAACCUGGACUCCACAUCACUGUUAAUAUCCCAAUAAGAAAAGCAAACUCGAGCGAGGUUUCCAAACACCUGGAGCUGGGGAGCUGCUCAACGCGGUGUUUGGUGACAGGGGACCGGAAAAAAGUCUGUUCGAACCAAAACAGAGUCAUCGAGCUUGACAUGCAACUGACGUUUUGGUCGUAUCUAGUAAUUCGGGUGUUUAUUGGGAUUGUGAGCGGCACCUCCUUCGCGAUGUUUGAAGGGGCGGUGAUCGCGAUCCUGCGGGAGCAUAAGGCCGAUUACGGGCUGCAAAGGAUUUACGCAACGAUUGGUGGCAUGAUUAGCUCGCCGCUGUCGGGGUUUUUCAUCGACUUUGCCAGUCGCGGGAAAGGGUAUACGGACUUUACCCCAAUUUUCUUCUUUUACGCAACACUUAAAAUCGUGAGUGGUUUUCUGAUGCUUUUCAUUAAUUUGGAGUUCAAGAAGCCGGCGCAAAGUGUAAUUUCGGACGUGUUGGCGGUACUUAGAAAAAUGGAACUGAUUGUGCUUUUCGUGGCGUGCUUGAUAUUAGGCUCGGCGUGGGGUUACAUUGAGAGUUUCUUGUUUUGGUUGUUGCAAGAUUUAGGUGGUUCUAAAUCUUUGAUGGGUCUAACUAUAACAGUUGGUGGUCUUGUUGGGAUUCCACUCUUAGUUUUGUCUGGGCCUAUAAUUAAGAAGAUUGGACAUGCCAACGUUAUUUUUAUAGGUUUCGCUUUCUACGCCGUCAGAUUAAUUGGUUACUCUCUUAUUUACAAUCCUUGGUUGUGCCUGAUUUUUGAGGCAAUGGAAUCGGUUACUUUCGGUUUAAGUUUCACGGCUGCUGUAACUUACGCUGCGAAGUUAUCGACUGUGACUACUGACACCACCAUACAAGGAUUAUUAGGAGGCUUGUAUUUUGCAGUUGGUAAAGGCAUUGGUAGUUUGAUUGGUGGGCAUAUGAUUAAAAUGUAUGGAAUUCGGUCAACGUUUCAAAGAUUUGCAAUGUUUACCGCGGCUACCGGUUUAGCCUAUUUUGCAUUUUAUCACUUGUAUAUGAAGAAGAGACCAUCUGCCGGUACAGAUAUUACAAAAAAAGAUGUUGAAAAACCACCGCAAGGCUUCGUCGAUGUUGAUUUAAACGCCAAGGCUCCUGCCCAUCAUGACGUUCCUGCUGUAUACGAAGACGCUUUGGCGAACCCUGCUUUCGAAGACACCGAAUUUACGGAAGAAACGAAUCAAGAGAAAAACAAAGACGUCAAUCCCAACACGAGCUAAUCGUUAUUUUCCAGUAUUUGAACAUAUUUCAUGGCUAGUCUAGACAUUUGUUCUGUACUUGACAAGGUUAAAGUAGUGAAAAGUCCAAUUAUAUCUAGUGAUUUCAACGGAUUUUCCACCGUUUGUUAUUAUUAUUGUAUGUAAUUUAAUUAACACAAUGUUAUUGCAAGUCAGCGGUUCAAUCGGGGCUCAUGGUUUAGGGUUACAACAACGACUGCGAAAGUGUUUUCGGCGAAAUUGAAACCGUUGCAUAAGAAACGUUUGUUUUGACGUCUCCUUCCAGGAUGCGAACAUAUAAUUGUAUAACAAGCACGAGUAUAAAUUAUUAAGUUUAAAUAUUUCCAUAAAAGGAAACUUAACGGGUUUUGGCCGGUCGACUAACUGACCUUAUAAAUAACGUACAUUGCUUUUAACAUUAAAUUUUUAGUUUCCGACCGAAAAACCGGUCUUUCAUUAUCUUGUAUUUGCUUCCGGACCCAAUUGAACUGGCUGACCUGUACUUAGUUCCUAAUUAAUAUUUCGGUCGUUUAAACCAUAUUAAUUAUUUUUGCGUCGUAGGUAAUUUGUAUAUUUAGUUAUUCUAAUCACACACUUUGUACGUAAAGCAGGGUCUGUCAGUUGACAGUGCUAGCAGAACAGCUCUUAAAUCUGUGAUAUAGCGAAUAAUUGUAAAAAAAUGUUGUCAAUAUAAUAAAAAAGUUUUUAUUUCUAAA